UUAUAGCGGAAGUCCCCCAAGCAGCAUCUGUUAUCACGUUCAGUUGGUAACCGACUGCUCCGCCGUCAGAUCGCUCACCAACUGAAACAUAGAGCUACCGCGUGCCUUCAAGUUUUUUCGAGCUGUGCCUCUUUCGCUUUCAUCUCAGUGCGGUGUGUUCUUAUUCUGGCUCCCAAAACACAGUUUCUGUUUCCUCACCUUUCUCUACGGCAUUCACCUUUUUUAGCGUUUGUUUUUUCUUGACGUCGUUCCCCGCUAGCUAGACCGGUCCUGAUCCGCUCUCGCCCGCGUUCUUGCGGAGCUUCUAGCGCGACAGCGACGGCGCCAAGCAAAGCGGUUCGGCAUCUCGUUCGAGGUAACAAGGUCGCUGGAACGCACCGCGCGGGUCGCUAUACUCCUUCGCAGCACCCCGGAAUCGCUGCAUACCGUGGCGGCACGAAGGAUCAGCUGUGCGCGUGGCACCUUUCCUCAGCUUUCGCGGCAGGUUUGAACAGCUUGUGUUAAGAGGACUCUGCGGCGCGACCGCAUGCACCGUCCUCGGAAAGAACGGACUGGCUCAUCGUCUGCUCUAACUCGAAACCGUGGAAGCUGACCAGAUCUACCGGCACACAUGAAGGCCUACCAGGAAAAUGGCGCAACCCUUGCCAAACCGAACCAGGUUCUUCAAAAGCGUCGUCAUGGCGAAAGCUUUUUCGACUUCAUUCCGACCCGGUAUGUGUUCGUCUUCCUGGGCUUCUUGGGGCUGAUGAACGUUUACUCACUGCGGGUGAACCUGAGCGUCGCUCUCGUGGCCAUGGUCAAGAGCAAGGGCUCCAAACUGCCCGCCGGCAACACGUCCACGUCGGAGUGUUAUUACGGGCUCGGGAACACGACCGAAGACGUCUACCACAACUCGACAGGAGAAGAUGCGCCGACGGGGGAGUUCGAGUGGGACCAGUACACCCAGGGCAUUAUUCUGGGCUCUUUCUUCUACGGCUACGUGAUCACCCAGCUGCCGGGAGGCCGGAUCGCCGAGGUGCUGGGCGCCAAGUGGAUGUUCGGCCUGGGCAUCUUCCUCACGGCCGUCCUCACCCUCUUCAUCCCCAUAGCAUCCAGGGCCCACUACGGCGCGCUCAUCGCCAUCCGGGUGCUGCAGGGACUAGGAGAGGGUGUGACGUACCCGGCCAUGCACACCAUGCUGGCGUACUGGACUCCCAAGUUCGAGCGGUCCACCGCCACAGCUCUCGUGCACGCCGGCGCUCACGUGGGAGCCAUGGCCGCGCUCACUUUCUCCGGGUUCCUGGCGUCUUCAAAUUUCCUGGGCGGGUGGCCGGCGGUGUUCUACGUCUUCGGUUUCCUAGGCUGCAUCUGGUUUGGCUUCUGGCUUUACUUGGUCUAUGACAGUCCGGAGGAACACCCAAGGAUCACGCAAGAGGAGUACGACUACAUCCUGCUCAAUCAGGGAGACGAGAAAGUGAACAAGAACGCCAAGAUCCCGUGGAAGUCCAUUCUUUCGUCCAAGGGACUCUGGGCGCUGUCCCUGGCGCAUUUCGGCUCCAACUGGAUCUACUACACGUUCCUGACGGUUAUUCCGACCUACCUGGCCACCGUGCUCAUGUUCGACAUCAAGAAGAACGGGCUGCUGUCUUCGCUGCCCUACCUGCUCACCACAAUCACAAGCUGCUUGGCCAGCGUUUACGCCGACGUCUUGCGGAAGCGCAACAUCAUGAGCACCAGCGCCAUUCGCAAGCUGUUCAACACGGCCGCGGCCGUGAUUCCCGCUGCUCUUCUGAUCGGCAUGCCCUUCGCCGGCUGCGACCGCGUCUGGUCCGUAGCCCUUCUCAGCUUGGCCGGGGCCGCGCUCGGGGUCCGUGAAGUGGGCUUCAUGGUCACCCACAUCGACAUGUCACCCGAUUUCGCCGGUACUCUGCUCGGGGUGACGAACACGAUCGGCAAUCUGCCCGGGUUUCUGAUGCCCUACGUUGCGGGCGUCCUCACCCAGGAAGAGAACUCCAUCCGGACGUGGAGCUACUUCUACUACAUCGCAUGCGCAGUCGGCGUAUUUUGCGCUGCGGCGUUCGUAAUCUUCGGCACCGCCGAGCUGCAGCCUUGGGGAUCCACUCCCGGGGAAAAAGAGGAAAAGAAGCCAGCAACUCCAGAAGAGAAGCGCAAGUCCUUCGACGACGUGCGCGUGUCCCGGCUCUAAACGGAUGUCGCGCGCACUCGGCUGUAUAGAUCAACCAACGUUGGUAUUGAUAGCAGCACCCAUAGUUUCUGGCAGGGUGAGAACGGCAGAGAGGUUGUUUAGUUGUCCCGCCAAAGUGUUAUUAUCAAAGUGUCACCUUUGUUGACACUUGGGCGCCUCGCGAGCCUCGAGCGUGGACGCGCAGCCGAAGCACGACGGAAAGCAACGACCGCGAGCUGAACGCCGGGCAUUCGAAGGAGACGACGCCCCGUCUUUCUUACCCUGGCAGUGGACGAAGACCGCUAGACCGGUUUUUGGCGGUUACAUUCCCAAAGAAUACGUCUGAGUUGAGCAUGUGUAGGCUUCGCCGAAACAACGAAUGGGAAGAAAGCUCAGCAGCUUAGAAAUCUUGCGUUGUGCUUGCCUUCCCUCUAGCAUCGCACGAAAAGGAUACUUCUGAGGGGACAGCAAACUCUUUUUCUAAUAAUCCUUACGAUAAGUUACGAUAAGAACGUUUAGGGAACCGUUUAGUAAGCUGUCGAUGGCGUUCCAUCACUACCCUUCUCAGUCUUGAAGGAAAGAUUUGAAAAAGAAAUGGUGUCUGCUCGACGUAAGGAGAUUAACUGUCUGCUAAGCUUAUCCCAAAAGUCUCGAAAAUGAUUUAAAUAUCAUUUUACGCGGCGAUAUAGUGCAUCGUCCUUAACUUUCGAUAGCGCUUUGUCUUUAAUAUCUACGAAGCAUUAAAAAGAACAAGAAAGCAUUGUAAGCUUCGUCUCAUCAGUGCUCACGAUCAGAUAAUUCUUGAGCCUUAAAAGCUGCGCCUGAGGUUUCAUACAAAAGUAGCUAUCGCAGAUGUGUUUUGAAUCUUUUUAGAAAUGUCGGUAUUUAUGUUUCGAAUUUGCCCAAAUAGGUUUUAUUUUCCCGACCACACGCAAGGGACAGCGGAACGGUAACUUGUAACGUUUACUUGUUUCAGUGACUAUCUUCUGUGUCAUUGUGCAGAUUGUGUAGCAAAUAUUUGUGUGGGCGUUCGGACAACUUUACAUUGGUUUUUGGAAAGAAUUAUACCGAGACCCUGGUAGGGGACACUGAUGUCAAAAAAUGCAAAUCAAAGUCUAAAUGUGUUCUGCUUGUUCAAAUUGUCACCCGAUCUCAGUUUCACAAAUUUGAGUAUCACGGAUUCAUAAGUUCCUGUGCACAAAUUAACCUCAUACCCAGAUCAAUGAACUUAACAGAAUGAAUGAUUACAGGUUUCUUUUGUAAUAUGUAUCACAUUGUGCAGUUAACUCUUCGAUAUCUAUACCAUUUAUCAGUGUAGUACAGAUAUUAUAGCAUGUAUUAGGCUAUUAUUUUUGGGUAAAAGUUUACGGUCACCUGCAAGUGUCCGUAGUGUCAGUACCGACACCUGUAAGUGUAAGUGUUUAGACUGCGAAAGAAGAAGGCUUGGGUUGUUCUAGUAAGCAUCUUGUUGGCUAGGAGUUGAGCCGGAAGCCAGACUUGUUACUUCGGGAUAUACAUUUAUGCUUUUAGAAUUUCGUCGUGUUUUGUGAUAAGGUUGCUCUGCUGACCAAUCAUCGUGUACAGAUAUGUUCGCGUGGGACAAGUAUACACAGCCCAUGACAUUGUACAUACGCGUAGAUGUAUAUUUUCUUAUUUCGAAUAUUUUUCCAACGCUUGUACAAUUCGCUUGUCAUUUCAAUUUUUGCUGAGUGUUUAGAUACGUUGUCCGUAAUGUUCGUAGGGAGAUGUUACGAUGUGGUUAGAUAUAUUGGUAAUAUAUUGUUGUUAAAUAUUAUAACAAAUUUAUCUAUCGGCUCCAAUGUUGUUUUCUUGAGUACAUACCUAAAAUAAAAUAAUUUUUUUGUUGACCU